CACACAGACACACUCUCUCUCUCUCUCUGUCUCUCUGUCUGGGUGCGGAAGGACAUGGAGUUAAAGUAGGUCCCCGCUCCUCGUGGACGUCGCUGAGGAUUUAUUUCUGAACUUUACGCGCAGACACGCAGCAGAAUGAGGAGCUCCGGCCGCGUGCUGGCCUGCGCGUGCGCGCUGCUGCUGCUGUGUGGGGAGGCUUCGCAGAGCAAGAUCUUCGGGGAGACGGAGCCGGUCCGGAUGACGUCCGAGGGCUCCGACUGCCGCUGCAAGUGCAUCAUGCGCCCGCUGAGCAAGGACGCCUGCCAGCGGCUGCGGAGCGGCAGCGUCCGCGUGGAGGACUUCUACACGGUGGAGACCGUCAGCUCCGGCGCCGACUGCAAGUGCUCGUGCACGGCGCCGCCCUCCUCCCUCAACCCCUGUGAGAACGAGUGGAGGAUGGAGAAGCUGAAGAAGCAGGCGCCCGAGCUCCUGAAGCUCCAGUCCAUGGUGGACCUCCUGGAGGGAACCCUCUACAGCAUAGACCUGAUGAAGGUCCACGCCUACAUCAACAAAGUGGUGUCUCAAAUGAACAACCUGGAAGAGACAAUCAAGACGAACCUCACGCGAGACAAUGAAUUUGUCCGAGAGAGCAUGACGAGCCUCACCAACCAGUUCAAGAGAUACGAGAACUACACCAACGUGAUGAUGAGCAUCAAGAAGGAGAUCUCCAGCCUCAGCCUGCAGCUGCUGCAGAAAGACUCCUCAGGGAACACGGCUCAGGACACCCAUGGUGAGAGAAGGAAAGAGACCGUCAAAGCACCCAACAAGAAGAGCCCUGCUGCCAAACUUUCACCCAAACCGCCCAAAGAAAAGGUCGUAAAGCCCAAGAAGGAGGUCAUUAAACCCGGGAAGCCGGCCAAGCCUGACCCUACAGCCAAAGCCAAGGGGGCUGGCCACCAGCCCGGCGUGGUGAGGGGCAUCACAUACUACAAGGCUGCCAAGGCCGCGGAGGACGAGCACAGAGGAGACCAUAUCAGAACGUACACAGUCCAUCACAUCACGGAAAAGCAGUCAGAGGAUGGAGGAUCUGAAAUGGUCCUGGAAACCCUGCAGGACGCCGUGGCUGAACCCACUACCACUGCUGUUCCCACAACCACCACAACUCCUCCCACCACCACCACGACUGCAGCCACCACGACUCGGACCACUACUACACCCACCACACGACAUGCACCGGCAUCCGAUAGACCGGCUCCCACCAUUGUGCUGGAACUGGACAACUCCAACAACAACAGUCGGCCCACUCUUCACAGAGCAGGGAAGAUCCUGAACUGUGACGGGACUCUGGCGUCCAUCGACCAGCCGGUGAAGCGCCACAGCUAUGGGCGCAACGAGGGAGCCUGGAUGAAGGACCCUCUGGCUAAAGACUCCAAAAUCUACGUCACCAACUAUUACUAUGGCAACAACUUGGUGGAGUUCCGCAACCUGGACAACUUCAAGCAAGGCCGAUGGAGCAACCUAUUCAAACUGCCUUACAACUGGAUAGGCACAGGCCACGUGGUUUACAACGGAGCGUUCUACUACAACAGGGCCUUCACCAAGAACAUCAUCAAGUACGAUCUGCGGAUGCGAUACGUGGCGGCCUGGACGCAGCUCCACGACGUGGUCUACGAGGACACCACCCCCUGGAAGUGGCGGGGCCACUCGGACAUCGACUUUGCGGUGGACGAAAGCGGCCUGUGGGUGAUCUACCCUUCCAUAGACUACGACUACAACCAGCAAGAGGUGAUCGUCAUCAGUAAACUGGAUCCCGCGGACCUGUCGUUGAAAAAGGAAACGACCUGGAGAACGGGACUCAAGCGGAACUCUUACGGAAACUGCUUCAUCAUCUGCGGAGUGUUGUACGCCGUCAACGUGUACAACCAAAAGGAAGGGGAGGUGAACUUUGCUUACGACACCCACACCAACACCGAAGCCAUCCCCCGCCUGCCCUUCACCAACGAGUACUCCUUCACCACCCAGAUUGACUACAACCCCAAGGAGAAGGUGUUGUACGCCUGGGACAAUGGCCACCAGCUCACUUACCGGGUACACUUUGCCGACCAGUGAGCGUAGCUAGUGCUGCCGGCCAUCGAGGCGCCUACGUAGAAAGAUGCAGCCGUAUUAGACUCAGGAGAAAGAAUGAACCUACUCAAGCCUUCCAGUACCAAUAGACGCUAUUCCAACACCUGACUGACCUCACAGUGUCCCAAACAUCACGUCUCGGUAUGUGACUGUACAAUAUAUAACUAGAACGGACAGUGACAACAAUCUCACAGGUUGAGUUCAAGCUCAUCGGGCAGGUCUUGGAAAAGCAUCGAGACUUCCUUAAAAGUUAUUUUAUGACAAGUCAGCAGGCUGGCGAACGAGCAGACGGAUAGAUAUCUAUGCAAGGAUAGUUUAAGAUAGGCAUAUACCGCUAACACAUAACUCUGUAAUGUACAUGUGGGCACCUGAGUAUUGAAAUAGACGUCAAUUACUUCCAACUACCUACUCUCAUACAAGAUUUGAUCAAGAUCAAUGAAACAGCUGAUGCUGAUCAGCUUCUACCUGAAGGCCGUGCUCUACUUCUUCAGUCAAUAGUUUUCUUUAAACUAGCAUCUAGUUGGAGAAAGAAUUGCGUAAUAAAUGUGCAUUUACCUUCAGUAUCACCUUCAGCCACGUGUCACGUGGUUUGAAGUCGUACAUUAAGAUAACCCAAUUACCUAGCUAACGUAUUAGCUAAGUAUAACAUGCAACCAUCAUCAGGAUUCCUAUUGGUCGAUACCCCGUGUUUUCCUUUUUGCCUUUUACGACACAUAUUUUCCACACAGCUUUUGUUAUUUGGCUCCGCCCCCCAACAUUUAACUCAACCAAUGAGAUUCGUUCUGCCUCCUUCUGAGACUAAACUAUGAACUUGCCUAUCUACUCCGUCCUAUCACCGAGCACUUUGACCACGAAUCUGCUUUGAUUAUAAUUCCGGCCUCAUGUGAUGCGUUUAAAUAUAGUAUAAACUUCAAAAACAAAAACCAUGUAGACAUUAUUUUGUUCAUAUUAACAUGAAUUCAUUUGACAAUACGAUAUGAUUUUUUGAUUGCCGUUCAUCUUGUUGAAUUUCUACGAUGUAUUCAAAUAUUCAGUUUUCAUCAUUGUUAAUAUCAUUAGCGUAACCACUACAUUUGUUUGUAAGUGUUUUUUUGAACAUUGUGUUAAUACAAAAGCUGCAUUGUUGCAUUAGUUACACUGUCUUCUAGAAUGAAUAGACACAGGAAACACCGUGGUUAGGUUAAGGGGUUGGCAACCUUUCCCACCUAAGAGCCAUUUGGCUUCAUUUUACACCAAAUAAAAUGUACCCGGAGCCGAAAAAGCGAAUUGAUAUCACAGCUUAUAAAGUUAUAUAUAUAUAUAUAUAUAUAUAUAUAUAUGUAGUCAUAUUAUAUAUACAAAAACUUGAAAUUAUAGAACAAGAAUAAAGACAAUUGUUGA